GUUUUGUUAUGGUCCUGAACAGCGAGGUCGGUGUUGGUUUGUGAAGCCAUGCCUGUGGUCAUUGGAUUUGAGGGCAGUGCCAAUAAGAUUGGUGUUGGGAUUGUGAGAGAUGGGGAAGUCCUGUCAAACCCUAGACGCACCUAUAUCACUCCACCUGGACAAGGUUUCCUCCCUAGUCAAACAGCUAAACACCAUCGUGGUGCUAUCCUGACUGUCCUUCGAGAGGCGCUAGAUGAAGCUGGAUUGAAACCUGCAGAUAUUGACUGUGUAGCAUACACCAAAGGUCCGGGGAUGGGUGCCCCUCUGGUCACUGUGGCACUGGUGGCCAGGACAGUAUCUCAACUGUGGGGAAAGCCAUUAGUAGGAGUGAACCAUUGUAUCGGGCACAUUGAAAUGGGCCGGCUGAUCACGGGUGCUGCUAACCCCACUGUGCUGUAUGUCAGUGGUGGAAAUACACAGGUGAUUGCUUACUCUGAAAGACGAUACAGAAUUUUUGGAGAAACGAUAGACAUUGCCGUGGGAAACUGCUUGGAUCGUUUUGCCAGAGUCCUCAAGAUAUCCAAUGAUCCCAGUCCUGGAUACAACAUUGAACAAAUGGCAAAGAAGGGCAAUAAAUAUAUAGAGCUUCCAUAUACGGUGAAAGGAAUGGACGUGUCAUUCUCUGGAAUUUUAUCUUACAUAGAGGAAGCAGCAAAUAAGAUGUUAAGUUCUGGGCAGUGCACACCAGAAGACCUGUGUUUUUCUCUUCAGGAGACACUGUUUUCUAUGCUGGUGGAAAUUACAGAACGGGCCAUGGCUCACUGCGGCUCUCGAGAGGUCCUCAUUGUGGGAGGAGUAGGCUGUAAUCUGCGUCUGCAGGAGAUGAUGGGCAUUAUGUGUGAGGAGAGAGGAGCUCACCUCUUUGCCACGGAUGAGAGUUUCUGCAUUGAUAAUGGAGCAAUGAUCGCACAAGCUGGCUGGGAAAUGUUUCGAAUGGGUCAGGUAACAGAGCUGUCUGAUUCAUGGAUCACACAAAGGUACAGGACAGAUGAAGUAGAAGUCACGUGGAGAGACUGACCUGUUUUCUAGCCAUUUGUACCUGCCUGUAAUAUUUGAAUAUAAAAUAAACAACUUUGACUUUGA